AUGAACGCAGAACAGAAAGCUGCUACCACAUUCAAUGCCACAUUUGUUCACUCUGUGAAAUUCUAUCUCAGUGGGUUUUCCGAAGUCCCUCAUGCUCAGUAUUUUUAUGUGUUUCUGUGUUUUGUCUAUAUCAUGACUGUUCUUGGGAAUGGCCUCCUCCUCUUAGUGAUUUACCUGGACAAGACUCUUCAUACUCCUAAAUACAUGAUUGUGUUCAACCUGGCUUUGACAGAUUUGUGUGGGAGCACUGCUCUCAUCCCAAAGGUCUUGGACAUAUUUUUGUUUGACAGGAGAUAUAUCGUCUAUGAGACUUGUUUGAGUUACAUGUUCUUUGUUUUGUUCUUUGGAUGUGUGCAGUCAUGGACACUUGUGAUUAUGGCAUAUGAUAGAUUUAUAGCAAUUUGCUUCCCUUUAAGGUAUCAUAGUAUUGUGAACAAACCAGCUAUUACUGCAGUGCUGCUGUUUGUGUGGGUUUUUGUAUUAAGUGUAAUAGCAUGCAUGGUUGGCUUAAUAGAUCGUCUCUAUUUCUGUGGUUCUUUGGAGAUACAAAGCUUUUUCUGUGAUCACGGACCAACAUUUAGUUUGGCUUGUAAUGACACAUCCUUAAAUUACAUAAUGGGAUAUUUUGUUGUAGGUAUAAUGGUUUGUAUUCCUCUUAUAUUGAUAUCACUGACAUAUGUUUGCAUUGCCAUAGCACUGAGCAGGAUUGCAUCAAGAGAGGAACGACUCAAACCAUUGAAAACUUGUACUUCUCACUUGAUUAUUGUCGCUCUUUUCUUCUUACCAUUCUUAGGAACCAACUUAACUGCAACAAUCUCCUCUAUCCAUCCUAAUGCCAGGAUCAUAAACUCUGCUUUGACACACACCAUACCAGCUUUGCUCAAUCCAUUUAUAUACACCUUAAAGACAGAAGAGGUGUUGACUUCUAUCAGGAAACUUUGCAAAGCUAAUAGACUGAGGUAG